AUGAUUGUCAAAAUACCCAGCAGUUUUUCCAGAACUUGGUCGCGUCUCUAUCAAAUGUCGUAUAGCCGUGGCGAUAACACACUAAAGGUCUCAGCGGAACUAUUUGCUGAGAAUCGAACCCGUCUUGUAGCAGCACUCAAGAAUGUUGCGCCAGGAAGUGUAGUGCUUCUACAGGGAGGAACCGAGAAGAAUCGUUACAAUACUGAUGCAGAAGACCUACCUUUUAGACAGGAGUCUUACUUCUUCUGGACUUUCGGUGUUCACGAAAGUGGGUUUUUUGGAACUGUUCAUGUCGACUCAGGGAAAUCGUGUCUUUUUGCACCAACUCUUGACCCUAGCUAUGCUAUUUGGGAUGGCAAGAUUCACGACGAAUCCUUUUUUAAGAAGAAGUACGAGGUUGAUGAAGUUCGUUUCCUGAAUGGAGAUACGAUAAGUGACUACCUUAAAGGAAUCAAGGCGAAGAAAGUCUUGCUGUUGAGAGCAGAGAACUCCGACAGCGGCAAUGUUCUAGAGCCGCCAGCUUUCCCCGGGAAGGAAUUAUUUGAAGUCGACGUUAACAGGCUGUACCCAAUUAUGGCCGAAUUACGUGUUUUCAAAACAGACAAGGAAUUGGAAGUCAUGAGGUACGCUAGUAAAAUCGCUUCCGAAGCUCAUCGUGCUACCAUGAAAGCGAUCCGUGCUGGCCAAUACGAGUAUCAAAUGGAAAGAGGCUGCAAUGGCUCAAUUCUCCAUUAUGGACACGCCAACGCGCCCAACGAUAAGCAGAUCAAGGACGGUGAUAUGUGCUUGUUUGACAUGGGGCCCGAGUACAAUUGCUACGCGUCCGAUGUAACUACAUCAUUUCCUGCGAACGGGAAGUUUACCGAUAAGCAGAAAAUAGUCUACAAUGCGGUACUUGAAUCAAACCAGGCAGUGUUCAAAGCCGCUAAGCCAGGAGUUCGAUGGACCGACAUGCAUAUUUUAUCAGAGAAAGUAAUACUCACACAUCUCAAAAAGGCAGGGCUACUUACAGGUGACAUUGACGAGAUGGUCAACGCAAGGCUUGGAGCCGUGUUCAUGCCUCACGGGCUUGGUCAUUUGAUUGGUCUCGAUGUUCAUGACUGUGGUGGUUAUCUUGGGGAUGCAUUGCCACGAUCGGAUCUCCCCGGGUUGAAAUCUCUGCGCACUACUAGAACGCUCAAAGAAAUAAUGGUGAUUACAAUUGAACCUGGUUGUUAUUUUAUUGAUACA